AUACAAUCGACAGUCGAUGAUUGCUGAUCGCGAAAAUGUGGCGCGUCGGAGUUAUAUCGAUAUUUAUCGCGACUCUACACGCGCAAGACACAAUCAAAACGACAAACUUGUCAACCGCAGAGGAUCAAAGCACGAGGAUAAUCGGUGGCAAUGCUACCACCAUCGAGAAAUACCCAUUCACUGUUCAGGUGCUGUACAACUCGCAGCUGUCGUGCGGCGGCGCGCUCAUCACUCGGCGCCACGUGCUCUCCGCCGCGCACUGCUUCGUCGCCUCAAACGGUCAGCAAGUCAGCCCCGUGUACUUCAGCGUCAGAGUGGGCUCCACGUAUUUGAACACUGGAGGCACAGUCCACCCGGUGUCAGAAGUCAUAAUUCACCAGAACUACAACACGCCGGUGCGCGACUAUGACAUCGCCGUCAUGACGCUGACGUCACGCGUGACGCUGACCAGCGCGGUGGCCACGGCGUACAUCCCCUCUGCAGGCGCAGACGUGCCCGACUACGCGCUGGUCACUGUCGUUGGCUGGGGGCGGACCAACGCAAGUUCGUCGGUGGCGCAGGCGUCCACCGUGCUGAACGAGGUGCAGAUCUACACGGUGAACCAGUCGGUGUGCGCGGCGCGCUACGCCUACCUGCAGGAGAUCACCGGCGACCCCUACCCCAUCACCAGCAACAUGCUCUGCGCGGGGCUGCUGGACGUAGGAGGCAAGGACGCGUGCCAGGGCGACAGCGGCGGGCCGCUGGUGCGCGGCGGUGUACUGGUCGGCGUGGUGUCGUGGGGCUGGGGCUGUGCACAGCCGCUGUUCCCCGGCGUGUUCACGCGCGUGUCCGCCUUCACCACGUGGAUCAAUGAUACGGUGUCCGGGGUACCGCACGCUCGCAUCAACGCCGCGGCGUCCGUACAACUCAACCUCAUAAUAUUCACCAUUGGACUUAUAUUUAUAAGAUAACGCUCCAUAUAAUGGCACAAGAUACGGCACGACUGGUUCGCUCGCAUCAAUCCAAGAGUUCCUACUAUUCUACCUCUCACUCUCUCACAUACACACACGUAAUACAACAGAGAAGGACGUCAAUACCUUUGUC